GCUGUCGGUCCCUGCUCCAUCUGACUGACUCCUGGUGGAAUCAGCAUGGCGGCCUCCAGUGUGUUCCGACCGGGCUUGCUGAACCACAGAGUAGCGAUAGUGACCGGCGGAGGCACCGGGAUCGGUAAAGCCAUCUCUUCAGAGCUGCUGGAACUGGGCUGCAGUGUGGUGAUCUCCAGCAGGAAGGCAGACAGGCUGGAGGCAGCAGCCCAGGAGAUGAGACAGAGGAUCCCCACCAACAGCCCUGCAAGUGUCACCCCAGUGCCCUGCAACAUCCGCAGCGAGGAUGAAGUGAAGGCUCUUGUGUCAUCGGUGCUGAAGCAGUAUGGCAGGAUAGACUAUCUGGUGAACAAUGGAGGGGGUCAGUUCAGCAGCCCAGUGGAGAACAUGACCUCCAAAGGCUGGAAAGCUGUGAUAGACACCAACCUGACUGGUACCUUUUACUGCUGCAAGGAGGUCUACACAGCCUGGAUGAAGCAGCAUGGAGGUGUGAUCGUCAACAUCAUCGCGGACAUGUGGAAAGGAUUCCCUGGAAUGGGCCACACAGGUGCAGCGAGGGCAGCAGUGGAUAACCUAACCAAGACCCUGGCCAUUGAAUGGGCUUCAUCAGGAGUCAGAGUCAACGCUGUUGCUCCCGGGACAAUCUUCUCCAAAACUGCAAUGGAGAACUAUAAGGAGUUUGGACCUCAUCUCUUUAAGAUGUCUAUUCCAUUUAGCCCUGCUAAGAGACUAGGAGUGCCAGAGGAGAUUUCUUCCGCUGUUUGUUUCCUGCUGUCUCCUGGAGCCUCCUACAUCUCUGGAGCCACACUGAAAGUGGAUGCAGGACAGAGUCUGUACCAUUCCCUGUGGGAGAUACCUGACCACAGCUCAUGGCCUGAAGCUCCAGACGGUGAAAAUCUGGACGCUCUGAAGGAACUGCUCAAGCCACAAAGCAAACUUUAAUAAAUUCCUUAACAUGCAUGACAACAAAUGGGCAGAUAGCAAAGCUAUACGACCUAUAGAAUGUGAUUUAUUGUAUAUUAAAAAAACAACUGUACAAAUUUGUAUAUCAUUAGUAGGGAGUUAGAGAGAUAUAAAUCAAAGAUUUAUAAUGUACUUAAUCUAUAAAAUAUUAACCUGUUUUUAAUUUCAAUAGUAACACCGUACUUUUUUGCUAAAACAAAAAUAGUGCCUUAAAAACUGGAAACCACAGAUUAAAAGUGUUUUACAGU